GUCUUACUUAAGAAUUCGCAGGGGCUACUUCCACUGAGUGCCCCUCGUACUUUAGCAAUCAUAGGAAGCGGCGCUCGCAAUAGUUCACUGGGACCUAAUGAUGUGCAUGAAUUAUUAUUCAGGUACCGGUUAUCAAUAGGAUGGGGAAGUGGUACUGCAGAUUUCCCCUAUCUCAUAGCGGUGAGCAAUUCAUACGCAGCAAAAGCUUCUGCCGAUGGAACGAUGGUAUCCUCCUCAACCAGCGACACUGAUCUCAACGCGGCAGCUGAUGCUGCAGCUGGAAAGGACGUCGCAAUUGUAUUCAUAACUGCUGAUUCUGGAGAGGGAUACAUCACAGUGGAAGGGAAUUUUGGGGAUCGAAAUGAUCUUCUUGCUUGGCAUAGCGGAGAUGCGUUGGUGCAAAAGGUAGCGAGCAUCAACCCCAACACUAUGGUGGCAGUAAACAGCGUUGGUCCUAUCACAAUGGAAAAUUGGAUCGAGAACGAGAAUGGUACGCAGACUAAAAACGCAAAGCUAUGGAGUGGACUUCCUGAGCAAGGGGCUGGUAAUGUUGUAACUGAUGUUAUUUACAGUGUCUAUAACCCAAGUGGUCGUCUUUCGUUUACGAUUGCCCGAAGCAUCAGCGACUACUCAGCGGCGGUUAUCUACAGUUCCAACUCCUCGAUCCUUGAUAUCCCGUACAAUGAAGGGUUGUUUGUUCAUUAUUGUCAUUUCGAUGUGCAAGGAACCAAGCCUCGGUUUGAGUUCGGUUUUGGGCUGUCGUACACCACCUUUGAAUACUCUGAUCUAUCUAUCUCUGGAUCCACUGCGGGCGAUAUCUCUAGUGGGCCCGGAUCCUCUAUUGACUCUUCGCUACAUAUAUCCGUGGUGCAGAUUGGAUUCACUCUCAAGAAUGUUGGAAGUUCAAGACCGCUCCGCUCAACAUCGUUUCAGAUCCCCCAAUUGUACAUUUCGCUGCCUUCCUCUGCAAAUUCGCCACCGCAGGGUUUGAAAGGCUUCGAUAGUGUUUACCUUGAAGCAGGAGAAAGCACGACAGUUACGAUGGAGCUUUCGAGUAACCUGCCUGCAACAUCAUUUGCCAUCUGGAAUGUCAUAGCCCAAAGAUGGCGUAUUCCUUAUGGAACCUCGACGAUAUCUGUAGGAACUAGCAGUAGGGAUGUUCGACUAACCGGUACUUUGGCAUUGUAA